GUCUUUGAAGCGUUUGUAAACAUGUAAACAAAAUGUCAAAUGACAAAUGUUCUAAAAUCAAUACCGUAUCCUGUACUGAUAUUCACCACAUUCAGAGAUUAUUCCUAGAGAUAUAUCACCAGAGCAAUGUUGGUCUGAAUUUUGAUCGUGUCCGUAGUGACUUCUUUGUACAGAAACAUUAAUUCUCAUUAUUCUGUGACCAAUGUACUGUGUCGUUCGAAUUAUCUCAGUUCAUAAAAAUGAAUGUUUCUGCGAUUUUUUCUGUAACGAAUUUAUUAUUUUUAUCAUCAGAUGAAGUUUUUCAAAAAUAUAUUCCCACAUACAACUUCAGAACACCAAAUAUUUUAUUUUUGAUAUUUACUUUUUGUGUAAGUCUUGUUUAUCUGUGGCAGAAACAACAAAGCAACUAUCCACCGGGUCCAAUAUCUUUACCGUUCAUUGGAAAUUUAGAUUUCUUUAAAUCCAAAUCUCAUAUUCGAGUGGCAAAUUUAAGAGAUUUUUAUGGCGAUAUAUUCAGUAUUAAAACAGGAAAAUGGUCUGUGGUGGUGGUAUGUUCACAGGAGGGAAUUGUGGAAGGAUUGACCGACCCUGAUAAUAACUUUGAUGGAAGACCAGAUUUUAUGGCCUUCCAUCAUAUGUUCAUGGGAAAUAGACAGAUUGGUAUCUCUACAGCAGACUUAGAUCUGAAAACCCAAAUCAAGAGGGACUUUGUUGUGGACAGUCUCAACAGCCAUUUGAAUCCAGAUAAAGGCCAUCUGUCAUACUCCAUGGAGAAGUUAGUAGUAAAGGAAACCCUCAGUUUGAUGUGUUACUUUCUGAAUGAGGAGGGUGCCUUCGAUCCAGCGGAGUGUUUUAAAUUUGCACAUCUCCACAUCAUGAUGACAUUACUCUUUGAGGAUGGUUACAAUGCAGACGAUCCCAUCACACACGAAAUCUAUGACUGCUUUGAGGAGAGAAAACAAACCAUGGAAACUCAGCUGUACAAUUACUUCCCAGUUUUGAAACCCUUUUAUAAGGAACAGAUUAGACAAGCAGAAGAGAGAGCUGCCCAGCUAACUAAAUUUCAAAGAAUUCUUUUGAAUCAGCACAAGGACUCGUACAAUCCUAAUGAUUUGCGGGACGUAGUUGACCAGCUUCUGAUUUUCAUCGAGGCAGGAGAUGACCGGGAGUUGCUGGACUCGGAUGACAUGGACAGUUUCCUUUUGGAGCUGGCUGGAUGUGGUUUUUCUUCUGUUCCAGCUCUUCUGACAUGGUUGAUUGGAUACAUGGCAGCAUUUCCUGAUGUUCAAAUUCAAAUGCAGACAGAGAUGGACCGAGCUGUUGGUAGAGAGAGAUUCCCAACAUUAGCUGAUCAGCGUUUGCUGCCCUACACACUAGCUGUUAUACUAGAAGUGCAGAGGAUUGUUACCCUGUUUCCAUUUCUUCAUCCACACAGAGCAGUGAAAAACUGUUUAUUUCAAGGGUACAAUAUUCCUAAGAACACUAUUAUAUUGUUCAGCGUAUGGAGCCUUCAUCAUGAUAAAAAACUUUGGAAGAAUCCAUCCAAAUUUGAUCCACUCAGGUUUCUGGAUUCCAAUGGCCAACUUUGUAUUCCCGAGUAUUUCAUUCCAUUUGGACUGGGGGACAGGCGAUGUCCUGGAGAAAGCCUGGUCAAUAUGGAGGUGUUCCUGUUUUUUACUCACAUUAUGCAUCAGCUCUACGUCAAACCUGAGGGGACCAGUCUUAAUCUGGUGUCUGACUACAAACUGAUUGUUCAGCCAAAACCAUUUAAAGUGAAAAUUAUCAGCAGGGAAGACUGAAAGACGACGAUUGGAAAACACAUGUCCCAUUGCGACUAUUGGAAAAAGUAAAAUUAUGGUUCUGCCAAUUAUCGACGACCUAUAUUAAACCAUGGGGGUAUUUUUUGUACCAAUGUAUUACAUUACACCAACGAACUUGUAUUUACCCAGUUUUUUGUCUGUUAGUAAAAUGUCUUAGAAAAUUGUCAGGUUUCAGUGAAAUGAUUGGAGAAGGAUGGACUUGGUCCAAUUGAAUCUGAAUUGGUAAGAUUCUAUGGAGAAUCAGGGUACAAAUUCUGCUCCAGAAUUUUUUUUUUAAUUUGUUAAUGGGUCUAGCAGAGCUAUUCAUUUUCUGAGUGCCUAAUUGUUUGAAAUGUGUUAGGUGUAUUUUAUCAUAAUGCCCAGUUAAUGUCAAGUUUGUGUGUGUUUAGGUUCACCUUGUGUGUCAGUGCUAAUAUGUUAGUCGCACUGUUGUGCUAUACUUAUGACCAGAGUGUGAUGUGUCCUUGUCCAAUUCUCUUAAACAGUCAAAGUCACUAAAAGGAAAAUUUACAAAAAAAAUGCCAUGUCUGUCAAACUUCAAUUUUACAAAAGAACUUUAAUUGAAUGCUCAUACAGUGCACAAAGGUUGCAUAUGACCUGAGGAUGUGUCAUGACCUUAGGACAAAGUCAUGUGGACAAUGUCAAGGUCAGUAGGAAAAACACUUUUAAAAUCUUUGUUUGGACUGAAGCUUUGUUAUUUCAUAAAACAGAGAAAUUGCAAACAUAUUUGACACAAUCUGGUAUACUGGGAUAUUUUAUAAAACAGAGAAAUUACAAACAUAUUCAACAAGAUUUGGAAUACUGUUGCUUAGUUUCUUGAUUUGACCAUGCAAGUUCAUUUGGACAAGACGACACUCACAUAGAAAAACAUACAAUUCUUGUGUGGCUAUUUUCUUUGAAACAGACAUCUAUUAGACAGUUAUAUAGUUGACUCAUAGAGUGCUGUAUUAUGAUCCUUGUCCAAAGGCAUUUGAAAAAAUGUUUAUUCAUUAAUUUGAUAGUGAUUUUAGAAGUCUAUGAAUAGGGCAUUUAAAUAUGCAGUACAUAUACUUCAAUCUAAUUAAAAUCAGACUUCUUAGAUCCGCGCCGUAUACUCUACUAUUGUAGUGAUUGUGAGCGUAUCCUAGGAUCUGAUUUUAAUUAGAUUGACAUAUACUUCAAAUAUGUCCCAAUUUUGUAGCAAAAGAUUGUGCAUCUAUUUGUUAGUUGAUCAUAAUUAUCUUUGCUUUAUUAGUAUGUAAUUUUGAACAUGAAACAGUUAUGUGUAUAGAAAAUAGAAGUGCAACAUGAGCUGUGUUUGUUGUGUUGUUGGGGCUUAUCCCAGAUUCAUUCUGGAGAACUUGAAAUCAUACAGGUAGAUCAGCCUAGGAUGAUCCUAUUGCUGUGUAAUGGGUAUCAUAUCAGUAUCUGAUUAAUAUACAAGUGGAUGUAUACAAAUUAGUGUGUAUCAAUUUUCAAUUUGUAAUUACGUAUACAGUGCUCAAUUUAAAUCACAAUUAAAGCCUUAUACCUGUAUACCCAUAAAAUUGUAGCUCCAAAGUUUUUUAUUUAUUGAUGAUUUAUGUAUUUAGAAAUGCAAAGAACUUUUAUGAAUUUAUAUGCCAUUUUUAUUUCACGUUGCAUUUAAAUCCAGGGUGACCAUUUGAACUGUAUUGAUAAAAAAAAAAUCUAGUCAUUUAUUUUUCCUUUUGUUACCUGUUUUAUUUUUAGUUUUUGAACUCUUGUUUUAAUUAUUGACUUUAUAUUGUUAGCAAUAAAUCUUACAUGUAA